AUGGAGUGCAGGAGCCGGUUUAGUAGGCGGGCCAACAGUGUCCGCUCGGGCAGCGGCUCCUUACUCUGUGUCCCACGCCUGCUCCUGGAUUACGCUGACACAGCUUUCUCGAAACACUCCAAUGGCGAGAAAACUCCUCCGAGCCUUUCGGCGGAGACCCCGUCAUUUUCGUACGGCAUGAACUGUACAGCUUUUCGCCGUGUCGUGCACGAUAGGUAUUUGUUCCGUCCUCGGCGCAAGCAGUGGCAUUCUAUUGUUCGAGGUAGAAAGGGGUGGGAUCCAUGGCCACAGUCGAGUCUCAACCGCAAGAAAGCAAAGAAUAUCGAAUAG